AUGGCGUACAUAUCACUGGACCUAGCCCAGAAGCAGAUCCGUCUGCUCCAUCUCGCGCCAUCACUCGACCACGAGUCUCGUCUCGAAUGCAGCUUCAGCCUCGCGUCCUUCGACGGCGACGUCAAUUACGAAGCCUUAUCUUACGUUUGGGGAGACAUGACGCCCGUCAAGCCGAUUAAUCUCGGGGGGAAGGAAGUUCUUAUCACCAAGAAUCUUCAUUCUGCGCUCAGCCAUUUGCGGUACAACGACCGAGAGCGGAUCUUGUGGGCUGAUGCCCUGUGUAUCAACCAGUCUGAUAUGGUUGAACGUACGCACCAGGUAUCGCUUAUGAGUUCAAUCUAUUCGAGAGCGAAUUUGGUCGUUGCCUAUUUGGUUGAUGCUUGGGAGGGUUGUGAAGUCGCAAUGGAUGCUUUUAGGCAACUGGGGAGUGAUGAUUCUCUUCAUCUUGUCAAGCCAUUGACCCCGAGUCUCUCGGUACAUGGCAUGGGUUUAGAUUCUACUCAGCUGCGAGAUCACCUCAUUCAAUUCUUCAGAACGCCCUGGUGGAAUAGGCUAUGGACCGUCCAAGAGUACGCUUUAGCGAAGCAGGUAGUAUUCCAAAGUGGGAGUCACGUCGUCUGUGGGCAAUUGAUGUUGGAUGCUGAAAAAUCCAUCUUUCAUCAUGCGAUCUCUUACGGUUGUUGCCAUCAGCUACUUGUGGACGAGAGCGGUAAUGUGUCCCUUUUACUGGAAUGCUUAGAAAUACUCACAAGCAUGGAUUCCAUCGUCAAGCACCGAACUGCGCGAAACAUCAUCCAUUGGAUAUCUUUCUUCGCUUCCCGAGAGGCGACAGAUCCUCGUGAUAAAGUAUAUGGCCUGUUGGGGUUGGCUAUGGGUAACGAUGUUGGACUAGUUGAGGCAGACUAUAGCUGUUCUCUCUGGGGAGUGGUCUACGCUGUUACGGUUAGAUUCAUUGAAAGGAAUCAGAACUUGGAUAUUCUUAGUUACUUGGUUGGCAAACGGUCAACUCAAUUGCCCUCCUUCGUUCCAGAUUGGAUGAACCAAUCUAACUUUAAGAUGUACAGUAUGCGGGUGGAUUCGCUUCCCUUAUUUUCAGCCUCUGGAAAUUCUGUAGCAAAGUUCAAGGAAAUCGCUAGUGGAAAGCUGGCUGGGACAGGUAUAAUAGUCGACACUAUUUUGGACCAUUGCUUCUCCGAAGGCACAUGGGAAGAAUUUUUGGAGAAUUGUCGACUUUUGUUUGAAGUCUGUCAGUCUCCUGGAAGUUUAUACUGGCAUACAGGAGAGCAGCGAGAGGUUGCCUGGUGGCUCACCGUAUGCGGAGAGAUGGAAAUAUCUUUUGGAAAUACCGGCCCUAGGUAUCGACGUGUAAGAGACUUGCAGGGCAUUUCAGCUUUCCAGAAGUGGGUGUCUUGGCUGAAAACACCAUCACCUCUCAACAAAAACCUUUACACUUCUGACGUUGCUGCGGUCAGCACGGUUAUUAGUAGCACCACCUAUGGCAGAUGCUUCAUUUCAACGGAAAAGGGGUACGUUGGAUGGGCUCCGAAACAAUGCAAAAAGGGAGACGUCGUAGCUGUUCUCGCUGGGGGAAAAGUACCAUACGUCUUAAGACCCGAAGCUUCCUUAAAUCCUUCGGAAGAGAGUGGAGAUUCAAGGAAAUACUAUAGCGUCCUCGGAGAUGCGUAUAUACGUGGUAUCAUGGAUGGGGAAGUUGUGACAGAGCUGGAAGACAGGGGUGGAAAUUGGGAAGAAAUUGUGCUUGUGUGA